AUGGUGGCUGCUCAGUCGUCGCUCUCGGCGUACUACUCCACCCGGAGCGUGUAUGACGUGCUCGAACGGCCCACCGCUGGCGAGAGGUUGCGGCACCCACCGAAGAAGAAUAAGGACCGUGAGUUGGUGGGGUCAUUGUUGGGUCGGCAAACGUUUGGUGAAAAGUUGAGCAAGACGUUCAGCAUACCGGGUCGGUUGGAUCCGCGAUUCCAAGUCUUACGGAUGUGUCCGAGGGGUUCAAAGGCUGCGUGUCGUGAGAGCAAUCGACAGGGCGGCCAUUGCAACUUGAUCCACGUAAACCGCAUCAUUAAUGAGUUGACGGAGAUUUCGGCGGGUGAUUGUUCUUAUUUGGACACAUGUCGUCACUUGUCGGCUUGUCGGUUUGUGCAUUAUGCGUUGGAUGUGGGGGACUAUGGUCCGGUGAUUGCUAACCACCCGUAUUUACAGCAUCGAUUGGUGAAGUUAAACAAGUUUGAUGUGUUGGAACGCGAGACGGGUGGGGCGGAGGUGGGAAUUGGGCCGGGGAGUGAAGGAUUGGAAGUUGGAGAUAUGACGGGGACAGGGAUGGGGGAUAAGGCGGGGAGCGAGAAAACGAAGGUGGAAGAGGCAGGUGUAGAAUCUUGGCUGCGGGAGGGGUGUUUGGCAUUACAUGAAGGCACACGGAUGCCGCCGCAGUGGAUUCGGUGCGAUUUAAGGACAGUAGAUCUUGGGGUGUUUAAAGGCAAGGUGAGCGUAAUCAUGGCGGAUCCACCGUGGGAUAUCCGUAUGGACCUGCCUUAUUGGACAAUGACGGAUGUGGAGAUGAACAGUCUCAGGAUCGACUUGGUCCAAGAUGAAGGGUUGCUGUUCCUAUGGGUAACUGGUCGCGCUAUGGAAAUAGCACGUCAAUGCAUGACGCAUUGGGGCUACCGACGUGUGGACGAACUCGUCUGGCUUAAAACCAACCAUCUACAUAGGAUCAUCCGCACAGGUCGCACAGGACAUUGGUUAAACCAUAGCAAGGAACACUGCCUAGUCGGCGUUAAAGGAAACCCCCGAAUCAACCGUAAGAUUGAUUGCGAUGUACUUGUUAGCGAAGUCAGAGAAACCAGUCGUAAACCUGACGAAAUAUACCGACUCAUUGAACGAAUGUGUCCUUACGGACAGAAGCUAGAGCUCUUCGGCCGCUCACAUAAUUUGAGAGACAAUUGGAUCACACUUGGCAACCAACUCAAUGGUAUCUCCCUACAUGAUGCUGACCUCAUCAACCAUUUCAAGUCAAGUAAAACCGGACUCCGGCUCGUCUGUGCAGAAGAGCAAAAAAGACUCAGACGCACUCAUGAACCUAACCAAUGA